GACCCUAGCUCUUUUUCGAAGAGACCCCUUGGUUCUUUUACGUGCUCGGUGUAAAGCACCGAUACACGGGGUACAACUUUCCUGGGUUAAACCAGUACUGAGUACACCACUUUGCCAAGCACCAGACAAGGGAACUACUUGUACCAACUUUUAACGUCUUUUGGUAUGACGCGGCCAGGGAUCAAACCCACGACCUCCCGCUCCGUAGGCGGACGCUUAUCCACUAGGCCACGGAGACAUCAGUGUCUGUUCAUGUUUCGAUGUCUGUAUUUGUUGCAAAGCUUUAAUUUGUUCUUUUGCAUGAUUCAUUAAGACCUCUUAUUUCAAUACUCAUUAAACAUGGGCAGAAAAGAGAACCCAUUUACGGCCAGUGUGUCGUUGCUCUUAAUCUCUUGAAUAGACACAAUGUAUCAGUUUUCACUACAGAAUGUAUCAGCAUACUUCUGAAGGUUAACAUCAAAAAACGCCAAAAUAACAUAGAUACCAUUAAUUCAACUUUGAGAAUAGUAAGAGAUAGCAAAAAACAAAGUGAAAGAAAGAUUGUGUGCCCAAACAGUAGUCCACCUAAAUGGCUGUCCACAUCUUUUGACGAUUUUUUUACUAUGGCAGACAUUAGAAAUUUCAAAUAAUAAAAGAGUAUCCCUGAUCGUUCAUUAUUGUAGUAAGCCCAAAUGAGGGUUUAUUUACUAUAGGGACAGGGCGAGCUCCACGACUGCUAAAACACUAGCUAAAAAUGCUACAAACUGAGCUAACUCAAUAUGUCAGUUUCUUUCGCAUGCUUGCAUGACAUUGUAUAUCAGUAUAUUGCAUAUGGAUUUAACUUUUGAGCUCCAUGUGCGAUCAACUGAAAUAGAUCAAUGUCCCGACUGCUAUGACUUGACAGCUUUGCUAUGACUGCUAUGACCUGACUGCUAUCACAUGACGGCUAUGCCCUGACUGCCAUGACAUGACUGAUAUUACCUGACUGCCAUGACAUGACUGAGAUUAACUGACUGUUAUGACAUGAUUAUUAUGACAUGACUGCUAUGACCUGAUAUGACCUCACUUCUAUGACAUGUCUUCUAAGACAUGCCUGAUAUGACCUGACUGCUAUGAUUUGACUGCUUUGACAUGAUUGCUAUGACAUGAUAGCUAUGACCUCACUGCUCUGACCUUAUAUGACCUCACUUUUAUUCACUGACUACUAUGACCUGACUGUUUUGACCUGACAGGUGACUGCUAUACCUUGACUGCUAUGAUAUGAUAAAUGUAGCUAUGACCACACUGCUCUGAUUUAAUAUGACCUCACUUCUAUACCCUGACUGCUAUGACCUGACUUCUUUGACAUGACCGCUAUGACCUGACUGCUUAUAAUGACCUGACUACUCUGACGUCAGCUACAGUGAAAUAUCAUAAUUUAUGGAUUAACUUAUGUUAAGUUUGAUAAUGACUGCCUUCUAAACUACACAUUAUGGUUUAAAAAAACAUCACCGCUUUAGGGCCUUUGCUUGCACAUCAAAUUUUGUGCCUUCAGGUGGCUUGUUUGCAAAUUAUCAUGCCUCUCAAUUCACCAAUUGUUUUUUGUCACUCUCAUGUAUUAAGGCACUGGCCAUAAGCCUUAGUCUCAAUUACACAGUCUCAAAUGAUGUAACCCAUGAUGACCGUAACCCAUGAUGACCUGCUUACAUGUCAGGUUCUUUAUUAAAUGACAUACACACAAAUGGCCCAAAUACUUGAGACUCAAUAACUGAAUAUUGUACCUCAUGAAAUUACAAACAAUAUUUGAGUCAUAUUCAGAUAAUUUGAAAUAUUAAUUGUUUUAAUAUUUUCCACUUUUUUACAGACUAAAAUAAUGGCAUUGUCACGAACAGACGCACACAAGUUGGUUCAUCUGGAUUUAAAAGGUGCUGCACCUAAAGUUGAAUACUAUCAUUUUUUGUUACCGCUGUUAAAAAGAUUCGGUGCGACAGGCCUACUCAUAGAAUAUGAGGACAUGUUUCCAUACUCAGGAGAGCUGCAGGAAUUAGCCCAGCCUUAUGCAUACAGCAAGGACAAGAUCUGUGCCAUUCAGCAGCUGGCUGCGCAGAAUGGGCUCAUAGUUAUCCCCCUUAUUCAGACAAUCGGCCAUUUUGAAUUUGUUUUGAAGCAUAACAAGUUCCACAGUUUGUGUGAGGUGCCAGGAUUUCCUAGCGCUUUGUGCCCGUCCAACCCAGAUUCAUUAACAGCAUUGAGCCUGAUGAUAGACCAGGUGAUGGCGCUGCAUCCGGCCAUACAGCACUUCCAUGUUGGUGGUGAUGAGGUGUACCACCUGGGCGUGUGUGAACGAUGCAAGGAGAAGAUGGCCCUAGAGAACUGGACACCCCAGCAGCUGUUCUUUGCCCACAUGCGUGCUGUCUGUCUCUAUAUCAAAGAAAAGUACCCACACCUCACCAUCAUUAUGUGGGACGACAUGCUCAGAUUCCUCGAACAACCUGUACUCUCUGAAUCAGGCCUGGGUACCCUUGUGGAGCCGAUGAUAUGGCACUAUCUCCCGUCUUUUCUUCUUCCACCUGACCUGUGGGACCGAUUAUCUAGGGUGUUUCCAAACAUCUGGGUGGCGAGUGCGUUCAAGGGUGCGACGGGCGCGUGUGUGUAUGCCACAAACAUCAUGUACCAUGUGGACAACAACCUUGCCUGGCUUGGGGUCUUAGAACGUAUUAAAUCCAAGUUUGAAAACAUACGAGGCAUUGCAGUCACAGGUUGGCAAAGGUACGACCACUAUGCAAUACUGUGUGAGUUAUUGCCCCAAGCCCUGCCAUCCCUUGCUAUCUGUCUGGCGGUCAUUAGGACAGGCACCUUCAAUGAGGACACCCACAUGUCUGUGUCACAUGACCUCAAGUUCAAUUGUCAGCUCCCUCUUAACCCGUUUGAAGGGAAGGAGGUUGCGUGUUGUGAGUACCCAGGCUCAGACAUCUACACCCAGACAGUUGAGAUGCUGAGGCUUGAUACUGCAUACGAGGAUUUCCUCCACAGUGAAGGGCGUUUGUCAUGGAUGAAUGAGUAUCACAUGAGGCGAAACUUCACCAACCCCAUGCACAUGGGGGCCCUGCUGGGACAGGCUCUAAAGUUGUUUGAUGGGUUAAAGCACCUCAAGGCCAGGUUUGAAGAGUCUUUGAGGAAGGUGUACUACCAAGAUACUGUCAAUGAGUGGUGCGCUGUCUACCUCGACCCCAAAAUAGAUAAAAUGGCCGAGAUAGUUGAGCUGGCUCAAACCCAGAACCACGGCAUGGGCAUCCGCAAAAGACCUGACAUGCUCACUUAACCUUUUGGAAAUAUUAUUUUUUGUUAUGGUUAAUGUUUAGUGAUAUGAUGGAAAAGGAAUUGUGUUUUUAUUUUCUAAAGAGCAUUUUAGCAAUAUUGCAUACAUGUUGAAGUACAGGUACUUAAGAAUGGUUUUUGAUGUUUGCUUUUUUUAUGUCAAUACAAUACAAUUAUCAGUAUUAACAAGUAAAAAUAUGGUUUGUAUUCAUACUAGAUACUGUGAAGUCAUUGAUAUUUGUGGAAUAUUAAUUUUUGUGGUAAUCAACAAAUUUGAGAUCCAAAUUAAUUUGUAUGUUAAUUUUAUAAAUUUUAGUGCCAUGUGUAAAAUGAUAUACAUGUUUUUACAUCAAUAUUAUUCAAAUUAGCAUAUCUUUUUUACUGAAACAAACUGUGUUGUGUUUAUAUGGUGUUUGAAGUUGAAUUGUACAAAGCAGUACAUAAAAAAAUUAUGUUUUUAAUUUCUGGGGGAUACCGUUUGUUUGUUUUUUGCUGUUCAUCUUCAUAUUUCUAUUUUUCUUGCUGUUGUAUGUUUUGAUACAAGUUUUGUUACCUCUCAUGCCAAUGUGGGCCAAGAGUAUGAAUAAAACUUGAAACUUGACAUCUUUUCUAUGCGUCUUUUAACCAAAAACAUAGAUUAAAAGUUUUUUUCUUGGACUUUUCACAGAUUUUUGCCCUGCAUCUAAUACCCCCUAUCGUCUUAUACCCAGUCAUUUACAGUAUUCUUUCCCAGCCAAGGGGCUGUGGGAUAAAUGGAAUUUAGGGAUGUUUGUACACAAUGCCCUCAUCUUCAAAUUCUGGAGGUAUAAAAUAAAUAAUUUUCUAGCUUUUCCUCUUUGUUAAAGAUAGUAUUAAUCAGCUCAUUAACAUUUCCUUAUAAUGAAAUGUCUGUUUAAAUAUAUGUAAAUGAAUGCAUGUUUUUUUUUCCCUUUACUAAGUGUGCAUGCCUUAAUUUUUCGUUUUCUAGAGUUUUUGUAUGCUGUUUUGAUGUGUGUUCAAUACAUUUAUAUUGUUUUUUUUUUUAUUUUAAUGGUCUCCAUUUUGUAUUUUAUAUGCAUCAAAUGAUUAAAUAUAAAAAGGAUAUAA